UGUAUGGAAUGACAUUCUCGAGUAAGACAGGACAAACACGAGGCUGUCAUGUCUGACACAAUGCUGCGGUCUGUCUGAAUUAUUAAACUGUAAUGUGUUGUGUUGUGUGAUUCUUGUAUGUAAUAACGAUGGCAGCGUGGACGUGUAGGUUUUUCAGGCUUAGUGAUUCUUUACUAAGAGGAGCCCCAACAAUCGUUUGCAGAGCUGGAGCAACACUAGAAAGCAGAGCCCCUGUCGUGCAGUGUGUAAGGACACAUCAGACAGACACCUGGUGGGAUGAGCACCUCACAGAAGACAAUGCUUCUUUUCUAAAAAAGACUGUUGGGGAGGAAUACAGACAACAGACUAUAGACAAACUCAACCCCCUUAAGGAUGAACCCUGGCCAAGACAUGAAUGGGUGGAAGGGAGUCGGAGGGUUGGCCUUGUGGCCGUUAAACUCGGAAUGAUGCCUGUGUGGACCAAAUCUGGAGAGAGACACGUAGUGACCAUGCUUCAGGUCCAGGAUUGUCACGUGGUUAAACACCUAUCCAAAGAAGAGUUUAAUGGGCACACAGCAGCUCUCAUUGUGGGAGGAAAAAACGUCUCUCCGUUUCAUAGGUCAGAGGGAUAUUUAGAGAUAUUCCAGAAUGCAGGAAUUCCUCCUAAACAGAAAAUUACCACAUUUUGUGUGUCAGACAAUUCUAUCAUCAAACCAGGCACACCUCUCUAUGCAGCUCACUUCCGUCCAGGCCAGUAUGUGGACAUCACAGCCAAAACCAUUGGAAAAGGUUUUCAGGGUGUAAUGAAGCGCUGGGGAUUCAAAGGUCAGCCUGCUUCUCAUGGCCAAACUAAGACGCACAGGAGGCCUGGAUCUCUGGGACCAGGAGGGGACCCAGCUAAAGUUUUCAAAGGAAAGAAAAUGCCAGGCAGGAUGGGAAAUGUUUAUGACACUGCUCAUGGCUUAAAGGUAUGGAGAGUAAACACCAAAUAUAACGUUCUUUAUGUCAACGGUUCUGUACCAGGCCACCGCAACUGUAUGGUUAAGGUCAGAGACACAAUUCUACCAAAUCGGUUGAAGAACAACAAGAACCCACCCUUCCCCACGUUCUUUACUGAUGGAGAUGAGGAGCUCCCUGAAGACCUCUACGAUGAAGAUAUGUUCCAGUUUGGAGAGCCCAUCCCUGAAUGAGGUCAUGACCGUGGAACACUCUGCUAAUACUGUUUGAAAAGAUGUGUCUUUUGUCUAGUGAGUUCCGUGUUGCUGGGCUGCUGUGAAGAUGAAAGUUGGUGCACUAAUUUUGACAAAAACAAAAAUACAAACAGUUUCAUGUUAUAAGAAGUAAAUUCUUAACUCUUAUAAAAAUGUGUGUACUUAAACAAA